AUGAAGAUACCAUUUCUAUGCGUGGCCAUGAUCGUCCUUGCGGACGCUAGCAAAGGAAAGUCUAGAAGCGACCUCCACUUUAACCAUUUUCGCCAUGUAGCAUACAAGCAACAACGAGGAGGCCAUGGUGGGCGCAUCCUACAAGAGGGGCUUUCUUACAGCAGACCUGGCCGAAUUGGCUCAAGAGCAUACAAGGAGUGUGGAAAAGCAAGUGGAAAAGCAAGUGGAAAAGCAAGUGGAAAGGGAAGCAAGAAACCAGCGUCACGCCACCUUUUACCCUGUGUCGACUAUGGGGAUCCAGGCGAUGACCCGAUUGAUGAGAGCAGCUUCGAUCAAGUCCCAGCAACAGAGGUUCCAUCAUCCUCUCCAUCUGACCGACCAUCGAUUGGCACGAACCGUGCAGCAUCGGGAAGCAACAAGGGAACGGACGUCGAUCUCGAUUAUGAACCCUACAAGGCUUCGGGUAGCAAUGACCGCGGUCCGGACGACGAAGACGACCCGGCACCUGAUCGCGAUGGCGACGUUGGUGGUGGCGGCGGUGUUGUUGACAUCGGAGGCGGCGGUGGCGGUGGAGAUGCCGCAGUCGACUUUGGAAACGAAAUCGUGCCCAGUAAUGAUGGUGUUCCCAGCAAUGAUGAACGCAAAAAUUAG